CCAAUGCCCACCACGUCACCGGAGUUCUCCCGACAAAAUUUGCACUCGACGCAAACAACCGGGAACAGCACUCUUGUGGUCUGACAUCAUCGGCACCAUUCACAUCGCUGCGUUCAUAAUUCAAGACACACCAAAGUUUGUUCACUUCCCACUGUUGCGUUCACAUACACACACACACACACACACACACAUCCCCACCAGGUGUACUUCCCCUCGUCUGACUCAGCUGCGCCCGAAGAAGAACAAGAAGAACAUCACAUCACCCCAAGAACACAAACCCCCCGUCCUCCCCUGCAGCAUCACAGCCGCAGUCCGCCCCGCUUGGUACCGACAAUCCUCCUACCCAAGUACUCCGUACCACGGUCCACCAUCUCAUUCCACCGCCAAACUAUCUCUGAAGUUCAACACCCAACAUGGACGGACCGUACGCUCGGGAGCUGGCCACCGCCAUCGCGGCCAUCCAGCACGCCGCCAGACUCAGCAGACGCGUGCUCGUUGCCUCCGACAAGGGCGUCGUGACCAAGGAGGACCUCAGCCCCGUCACCGUCGCCGACUUCGCCAUCCAGGCCCUGCUGACCAGCACGCUGCACGCCGCCUUCCCAGACGACAAGUUCGUUGGCGAGGAAUCUGCCGCGGACCUCCGAGAGAACCCGAAACUGUGCGAGUCGGUGUGGGCGCUCCUGCAGCAGGUCGCCGGCGAGAAGGAGGACGACUCGUUGUGCAAGCUGCCCGCGUCGCCCGAGGAAAUGUGCGACAUGAUCGACUGGUGCGGCCUCGGCGAGCCCUCGCCGACCGGCCGCUUCUGGGUGUUCGACCCCAUUGACGGCACAAAAACCUUCGUCAGGGGCGAGCUGUACGCCAUCAACGUCUGCCUGAUGGAGGAUGGGAGGCAGAGCGUCGGCAUCGUCGGCCUGCCGCUGCUGUCGGCCGACGCCAAGGCGCCCAUCAACAACGACUCUAUCGACCCCACCGGCACCGGCAGCAUCAUGUUCGCCGUCCGGUCCCACGGCACCUUUAUCCGGCCGCUGCCCGGCCCCAUCGACCUGCAGCCGACGAAGAUCCCCCGCCACGCCGAGGCCGACUCCCCGGACCUCAUCUCUGUCACCUGCAUCGAGGGCUCCGAGUCCGGCGCCCCCGGCAUCCACCAAAAAGUCGCCGAGCGCCUCGGCGUCGCCUACCCGGGCAACGACCUGCUCGGCUGGGUCCUGCGUUGGACCGUUCUUGGCCUCGGCCAGGCCAACUGCACCUUCUGGGCCUACCGGCGGCGCGACCGGCUCGCCAAGAUCUGGGACCACGCGGGCGCCAUGUUGCUAUUUGAGGAGGUUGGCGGCAAGGUCACCGACGUGGACGGGAACCCGGUGAACCUGACGGCGGGGAGGAAGAUGGUGGCCAACUACGGGUUCGUCGCCGCGCCGCCUUCGGUCCAUGCCCGCGUCUUGGAGGCUGUGAGGGAAACGUUGAAGGAAAACGGUCUGCACGAAUUGCUGGGUUAAGGUUGAGCCGUGACGAUAGACGGAUGGGGUUCGGCGUUUAGAGGCUUACUUGCAUUUUCAACUUUUUAUCAACCUAUUUCAUGAUCGUGUUGCAGUUGGUAGCAUCAGACCUCGGUUUUCCUCGUCAUGUUUGUUCUUUGGGAUGUUUCCUCUCGAGUAGUUUAAUGAGCAGAAAUCGUUAGGAAGCCUCCUUCAACAACCACUAGAUGCGUACAGAUUCGUGAUGGCGACGGUCGGUGUCAACCCUAAAUAAAUUAAU